UCCGGGAGCAGGGUUGAGAAAUACCUGUGACAAAAAGAGGCUUCUCCUACUUUCCACGUCUGUUGAGCUGCCUGCCUGAGGAGGGCGCUGUUCACAGCCUGACCCUCAGUACUGCUGUUUGCGGCUGUACAGCGGCGGUUUGUUUACUUGGAGCUUUAACUAUAUUAGAGAUUGGCCACAGUAGCCGGAUCACACUAUUCCUGUUCGAGUUCAAAAUCAGCAGUUAAAACACAUUCAGAAAGACAGUUUUAAACAGGCGAGCAGGCCGACUGCGUGUCCCAGAGAGAGAGAGAGAGUUUUUAAGAGAGGAGCAUCAGAAUGUCUUUCCUAUUGGACUGGUUCUACAAAGGAUUCAGUGGUGUUUUACAGUUAUUAGGACUUUACAAAAAGUCUGGGAAGCUGGUUUUGCUUGGUUUAGACAAUGCAGGAAAAACAACAUUACUACAAAUGCUCAAAGAUGACAGACUUGGACAGCCUGUUCCAACACUACAUCCAACUUCAGAAGAGCUGACAAUUGCUGGGAUGACUUUUACAACAUUUGACCUUGGAGGACACGCACAAGCAAGAAGAGUUUGGAAGAACUACUUACCAGCCAUAAAUGGAAUAGUCUACAUUGUGGACUGUGCCGACCAUGAGCGUCUACUUGAGGCUAAAAAUGAAUUUAAUGCUCUGCUGACUGAUGAGACCAUCUCUAAUGUGCCAAUCCUUAUUUUGGGAAAUAAAAUUGAUCGACCUGAGGCAAUCAGUGAAGAUGCACUUAGGGGGAUGUUUGGUCUUUAUGGACACACUACAGGAAAGGGGAAUGUGUCAUUGAAAGAGCUGAACCUGAGGCCAAUGGAAGUUUUCAUGUGCAGCAUAUUAAAGAGGCAAGGAUACGGGGAAGGUUUCAGAUGGCUUUCUCAAUACAUUGAUUGAUUGUCAGUAUCUCAGUAUCGGUGCUACUGAACAUUUUGCUGUCCAAAACCCACUUACCCUUAUUUAUUGAAAGCCUUGUCUCAGGAUAAAGAGAACUAUUCUAAAUAAAUAGAAACAUAUGUGAUGCUGGUGAAA